AUGGCACAUCCACCUCCGCGAUCCGCCUUCCCGUCCAACAUCCUCAACCCCGCCGUCACCUCGACACCCUCGCCCGCCCUCUCCCACCAUUCCACUACGCCUGGAUCGGCCGGAUCGAAUAACAACACGUUCCUCAUGUCCGCGAGUCCCGUCCGAAGUCGCAGAUCGGCCGCUGAAGGCUACAAACCGAAAAUGAUAUCCACAAUUGGUGCCAAGCCCGCCUGCCUUGUGAACGCCUCGGUCACGUACGUUGGAGAUGACCAGAUAUACGCUUUUGGUGGUUUUGAUCAGUACACAGACGAGGAGCCUGUGCUGACUAGACUAGUAUAUAACCAUGUACUUCGCCUCAACCUUGUCACACGGCAAUGGAAUCUCGUUGACAACUAUGGAGAUAUCCCAGGAGUACGGAUGGGACACACUGCAUGUCUUUGGCAAGGCAAUAAACUCCUAGUAUUUGGCGGAGAGAACGAGCACCGACAACAUCUUGCCGAUGUAAUCGUCUUUGACCUAAAGACUGCCCACUGGACACAGCCUGAACUACACGGACCUAUUCCACGCGGUCGCGCACGCCAUUCCGCAGUAAUCUACGAUGACAAAUUAUACAUCAGCGGUGGUCAGACGGGGCACGACAGCGUUCUAGACGACAUCUGCUACCUCGAUCUAAAGACAUGGACAUGGUCGCGGACAUGGCGAUUCGUCCCUCGUUACGACCAUGCCAGCUGGAUCUGGAACGGUCGCAUCUGGAUCUUUGGAGGUAUCAACGACGACAUGGAAAAGAGCAACGAGAUAUGGUGGCUGGAUCUUCGCGGCAGCCCCGAAUUUGAGCAUGCUAUGAAGUAUGGAACCGCCGACCGACAACUAACUUCAUCCCGUCACCGCUACCCUAUGCCAGCAUCAGGUCAACUAGCCACCGGGAGCACUGGUUAUACCGCUAAUUCCAGUGUUCAAUCAUACCAUGGAAUGAGUUCCAGUCGUUCACCUUAUGUUGCACCUGGAUCCAUCUCGUCGCUCAAAUUCCACUCAAGUCCCAAUCUACCCUCUCAGGCCGCGGGUACCCACUUUCACAUCUUCUCAUCCGGUUGCAUGCUAGAUUUCGUUACGCCUGCAGAAUUAAGUUGCGAGACAAGUCUGUCGAGCUUGGAGCUUGAUUCGUUGCGAUGGCAGAAGCUAGCAGAAGGAAAGGACCUGUAUAGCCCCAACUACCGCUGGCACUACUGCACCACCAACCCCGAAGGAACACAUGCCUGGUUACUGGGCAGUCCAAUCGAGUCGGCGAAUGACGGGAACCAUAACGGCGAGUAUCUUAGCGAUGUACUGGCGAUUGACCUGCGCAAAUACGGAAUCCUGGGUAACGAGUUAGCCUCGGAUACACGCUCGAAGAUGAUGCCCUCUUCCGACGCAAACGUGUCGUCACAUCUUACUGGUAUCGGCGCGGAUUUAUCCUUGACGUUUGAUCAACCACCAGAGAGCGGCAGCGGUGCAGACUUUAUCAUCACCGCAGAUCCAGAUGACGACGACUACGUUGAUGUUGCUACACCCGAUGCGAACGGCGCAUCAACAGUCGUAACUCCAGUCUCGCGCCCAAUUCAUGUUCACAAGCUAAUCCUUCACGCUCGUUGGCCUCAUUUCGCCCGCCUUUGGAGUGCCCAAAUGGCCGAAUUCCACUCCAAGAAGAUGCACAUACCUGAGCCGUACUCUGCGGUGCGCGCCUUCCUGUUCUACUUAUACACCGACAGUAUUGCGCCCAACCCACAAAACGGACCUUCACUGAGCGACGUAGCAGGCAUGCUCGUCAUGUCCAACAUCUACGAUAUGCCUCGUCUCCGCCUCCUUUGCGUAAACCGUUUAGGCAGGGAGCUGGACAUUGAGCACGCAGCGAUAAUAUGGGAGCGUGCCGCCACCGCUGGCGAGGACUGGCUCAAGCAACGCGCAGCUACGUUCUGCAUGGACAACUUCGGUCGUAUCGUCCGCACCGCAGGCUACCGCAACCUCAGUCCCGCCAGUCUCAUCGAACUUAGCUGUGAAGCCGCCCCAGAAGCACGCAUCAUCGGUGGCGAGGACCUCGAUCUCCUGACUCAAGUCACCGGUCGUUCUUUUCACGGAAGCAGUCGCAAGCGCAGUCUAGGCAGUACAGGUGUCUUGACUGGUGGUGAAGACGACGAGAUUGAAGAGGCUGAAGACGAUGGUAUGGACGUCAACUAGAGGCCACUUACGAGAGCGGGACUUCUUUGACUUGCAGUGAAACUCUUUGAAUCGUAUUUCCCACGUCCCGAAUCAGUUUUGUUUUCCUUCACAAGCAUAUUUGCGCGGCGCUGGUGUUUUCUUUUUGUUUUCCUCCAACGGUGGGUUAAUUGGGUGAUAGUGGCGGCGUUUUUGGCUCGAUCUGGUUCAUUGCAUUGCGCGGGUGCAAGGGACUUUUUUUUUCGUGUGUGCCUUGGAUCCUCUAGGUCUCACUUUUUGGGGUAACGGCGGCUGGUGCUGACGAAAAUAUGAACUGUACACUGAUAGUGUGUGCUCG